UCUCAAUCACGUCAAUUCGGAAUUACAAGUUCAGAAACAUCAGAAACGUGCAAGUCGUGAAUUACACAUUAAACGAGUACAAUCAUUACGAAAGGAAUUAGAUUAUUUAAAAGCAACUGAGUGGAAAUAUCAGCCAAUUGAUCGAUGAUCACACCAAUAGUGAAUAAUUGAAAUUUAGAAACAAAUAUAAGAAUAUAAAAGAAGGUCAAAAAUCAAAGGAACCAUGUUUUCGGCGGUGACAUCGUUUUUUGCUAAUCUAUUUUAUAAAAAUCAUGAUCCACCAAUGGAUAUGGCGGAUAUUGAUAAAAUUUUAAGUGAUCUCGAGAGAGAAAAUAUUGAAACAUCAUCGCAGGUGGAAGAAAUUUUAUAUCAAAAUGAAGAAAGUUGCUUUUAUGCAUCAGGAAUAGUAUCAGCAGUUCGAGAUGAUUAUGUUUUAAUAGAUAAUAAAUAUUUAUGUGAUAUAAAUCGAGUUGAUUUUCAAGUUAAAAUUGGUGAUAAAAUUCGUUAUUUUGCUUAUCAAUUAGAUAAAAAUAAGGAACUAAAGAUACAUAAAAUUAUGCAUCACGAUAAUUUAUCCUGGGAUGAGGAGAAUAAUGAUGAUAAUAUGGAAAUUAUAAAGAAAUCAGAGCCAAUUGUUAAAGGACAAAUAAUGAAUAGAACACUAGUUGGCAAAGUAAUGAGACGAGAAGGAAGAUCAGUUUUUAUUGAACCACACAAUAUUAAUUUUAAUUUAGAUAAUGUUCGUUCUGAAUUUAUUCCUUUAGUUGGCGAUUGGGUGAAUAUUAGUUCACACGUGGAAGUUAGUGGCGAUGCUGCCGAUUUGACUGGUGAAAUUUUAGAAGUCGAAAGUAUUUCACCAUUAAGAUCAAAAUUACAUACUGGAAUUAUUACCGGUUAUAAUAUUGGCACAGGAGUUGGUGUUAUCGAUAGAACAACGAUAUUUACAAAAACAGUUUGCGAGCCCGGUUAUAUUCCAUGUGUGGGUGAUAAAAUUGUCACCGAUAGCAUUGAAAGUGAUCAAGGUGCUUUUGCCUGGCGUUCAUUGACCAUUGUUCCUCUGUCGUCUAAUAAGAAUGCAAAUAAUGAUUUGAAUUUAACGAAAAAUAAUGAUGUGGAUCAAAAUGAAUUGGGAAAAGAAGAGGAAUUUGGUUUAAUAGUGACGAAAAAUUUAGAAUUAUCCCUUAAUAUGAAUGCGGAACAGGAGAUAAUUGUUAAAAUAGAAAAUAAUGGAAAUUAUAAACAGACAUUGGUAAAAUGUUUAUUUUUAUCAAGAAAAAUGGAAUCACAAUUAACAUUACAUUCGCCAAAUAUUAAUACGCAAAUUAUUUUAAAACCAGGUGAAGAAAUUUUAUAUAAAUUCAUUUGUAAAGGAAAAUUUUUAGGUUUAUCGAGGGAGAAAUUUCUCUUUAUUUUUGAACGAAUUAAAAUUGUUCGAACAUUUCAUAUAAAAGUUCAACCCAAGCAAAAUGUUCAACAACAAGAACAACAAAAUUUUGGCAAUGGCCUAAGAAAAAAUAUUGUUGCCAAACAAGAUGUAUUUGACGAUACUGGUUAUAUUCAUGGAAUAAGACCAUGCAAGGCACCAGCUUUUAUUGCCGUUCGAAGUGGUAUAUUUAAAAUACCACAGGUAUGUUGGGAUUUGGUACUGGAAGCUGAAAAUAGUCGUGAUAAUCAAGUUGAACGAGAGAAUUUAAUUGGUCAUGGUUUACCAUGUUUGUUGGAAUCAUUGGCUAUGCAAAAUUAUAGAAAUAAAUUUCACAAUCUUUUGUAUUUGGAAGAAAUUGCUCAAAAUAUUUUAUUGCAAAAAUAUGAAAUGGACAGUGCGAUUCUUACAUAUUGCGGUGAAUAUCUUGGUUUAACUGUUCCGGGACUUGCUGAAAAACGACCGUCACUAAUUAUUGGCGAUAAGGUGAUUGUCACCUUUAAAUGGGACUCAUCGAAAGGUAACAUAAAAUAUGAAGGAUUCAUUCAUAAAGUAAGAAGUUCUGAGAUUUUAUUAAAAUUUAAUCCCAAAUUUCACGACGAUUAUAGCGGUGAAGAUUGUCAAAUUAGUUUCAAAGGUUCAAAUAGCACUGUGAGACGUUGUCACGAUGCUAUUAAUUUAGCGGUAACACAUCUUGGACCGGAAUUUCUCUUUCCCAAUAAGGUUAUACAAAAGGAGCCACAAUUUCAUAUUACUGAAAUUGAAGAAGAAAAUUUAACAAAAACUUGUGUAAAAAAUCACAAAAGAAAUGAAUCAAUCUCAUCAAAUUGUUCAACAACGUCAAAUAUUGAAUUAUCCGAUGACAAUGUAGUUAGAUCACCACCUAGAGUCUCAGUUAUUGAAAGACUAUUUCAUACAAAACCAUAUUCUUCCUCAUCUGAUAAAAAUGUUAAUGGCGUAGAAUUUAUCGUUUCUAAAAUACAGUCCUCUAAUAAAUAUGACAAUGAUGCCGAUAAUAAAGUGAACAAAAAUUUACCAAACAAUUGUAAAAAAAAUUUCACCAAUGACACGAGGAAGAAUAAUUUGGAAAAUGUUGAAUUAAAAUUAAAGAAACGAAAAUUAAGAUGGUACAAUAAACAUUUGAAUAUUUAUCAAAAAAGAGCUGUGUUAAAUAUUUUAAAAGGUCAUGCACGACCAUUGCCUUAUGUUAUAUUUGGUCCGCCAGGAACUGGAAAAACAAUUACACUCUGUGAGGCAAUUCUUCAAAUUUUAACAACAAUUUCCGAUAGUCGACUUAUGAUUGCCACACCGUCGAAUAGUUCGGCUAAUCUUAUUGCUGAACGAUUAUUGGACAGUGGAGUUCUUAAACCUGGCGAUAUGGUACGACUCGUUGCCCAUCAUUAUCUGACAGAGGGGAAAAUUCCAGAGAUACUUAUUCCAUAUUGUGCAACUGGAACACUUCAAGAAGAACGAAGUGGCAAUCAAAUGAAAAUUGAAGACACUGGAUUUAAAACAAAUUGCACAGCAAGUGUUUUGGGCCGUCAUCGAAUAACAAUUGGCACAUGUUCAGCAUUAGGAAUAAUUUACAAUAUGGGCCUAGCGCGAGGACACUUCACACAUAUUCUUGUCGAUGAAGCGGGCCAAGCAACUGAACCCGAAAUUAUGAUACCCUUAACUUUUGUUCACUCGAAUAAUGGACAAGUGAUUUUAGCUGGUGAUCCAAUGCAACUUGGUCCCGUUGUACAAAGUAAAUAUGCCACACAUUUUGGAUUGGGUGAAUCAUUUCUCUCGCGAUUAUUACAACGAUUCCCCUAUCAGAGAGAUACUGAGGGUUUUGAGACUGGAUAUGAUCCUCGACUUGUUACCAAAUUAUUAGUAAAUUAUCGUAGUUUACCGGAAAUUUUGGAGCUACCGAAUUCAUUGUUUUAUGAUUCGGAAUUAAUUUCUGAGGUGUCGAGUACCAGAAGUAACGAAGCAAUACUUUUAAGUAAAUUAGCUUUAGAUUUACCAGAGAGAUCUGGAUUGCCACCUGCAAUUGUGUUUCAUGGUGUUAAUGGAGUUAAUUAUCAACUACCUGACAGUCCAAGUUGGUAUAAUCCACACGAAGCGACUCAAGUUUAUUUUUAUCUUUUAAGAUUGUUUGAUCGUGGUCUUUGUGCUGAUGACAUUGGAAUUAUCACUCCCUAUCAAUCGCAGAUUCGUCAAAUUAAAGAUUUGUUACUUGAGGUGGAAGUGGAAACACCAAAAGUAGGUAGUGUGGAAGAAUUUCAGGGACAGGAACGUAAUGUCAUUAUAUUGUCCACUGUACGAUCGACGUCUGAUUAUAUUAAUGAAGAUUUAAAACAUGCUCUUGGAUUUGUUGCAUCGCCAAGACGAUUGAACGUUGCAAUUACUCGAGCUCGUGCACUUUUAAUUAUAAUUGGAAAUCCAUAUCUUUUAAAUGAAGAUCCAUAUUGGAGAACUGUUUUAAAUUAUUGUAUUGAACGUGAUGCAUACACUGGUUGUAGUGUUUCGACUCUUGAUAUGUAAAUGAGAAAAUAAUAUAUAUUAAUUUCAAAGACAAAAAAAAAAAAAAAAGAAUAAUACAAAUAAGAAUAAAAAUGUUCUAUUACAGUAAAAUAAUACAUCAAAUCAUAUAUAUAUGAAUCAAAUAUACGCCGCAUUGUACAGUAAAUAAGCAAUAUGUUUUUUUUUUUGUUUUAACUUAAAAAACGAUAAAUUUAAUUUGUUUAAAUUAAAAUUUUAUUUUUAUUCAUCUAUCAUUGUUAAUUUGUAAAUUAAUUUUGAUUAAUGACACUGUAUAGAUUGAUACUGAGCAAACGGGCGUACUUAAAUAAAACGAUUGUUUAAA